AUGGCGGCUGAGCAACUGCGAUUCGGUUGUCCUGACGACGAGUCUGUUAGUGGUCUCCUACUCAAAGACGUUCCUCUAACCACCGGCUCUGGUACCAUACUUUGUGACGUCUCAACUCUCUUUCAUCGCCCUUUCGUGCCCGCCUCGAUGCGUCCAGCUGUAUUUCAAACUUUGCAUGGACUCUCCCACCCUGGGAUCCGAGCCUCUCAAAAGCUCCUCACGGAAAGGUUUGUCUGGCCCGGCAUGAGCAAGGAUGUCAAAGCUUGAACCCGGUCGUGUCUGACCUGCCAACGCAACAAGGCGCGGCGUCACAACAUAUUCCAACCACGCACUUUCCCCAGUCCCGACUCACGGUUCAGCCAUGUGCACCUGGAUGUCGUAGGCCCCUUGCCUCCAUCCAGUGGUUUCACCCACCUCCUUACCUGUGUUGAUCGAUAUACCCGCUGGGCUGAAGAUAUUCCUUUGCCGAAUACGCAGGCUGAAACCAUCGUGAAGGCCUUCGUCAGUCGUUGGGUCGCCAUGUUCGGUGUCCCAUCCACGGUUACGACUGAUCGUGGUGCCAGUUUUAAGUCGGCACUCUUCCAAACGCUACUCAGUUUCCUUGGCUGCACGCGCAUUCGAACGGCAGCCUACCACCCAGCUGCCAACAGUAUGGUUGAGCGUCUCCAUCGCCAGCUAAAGACCGCCCUUAGUGCCGUAGAAGACGCAGGAAACUAG